CCUUACCCGUCGCGUCCUCGGCUCCUCGCCGCCCAGUCCACCUGUUAGACAGCCCCCGUCCGGCCGGGUUCGUCGCGACCGCCCCCCUCCUCUCCUUUGCAUUGCAACCACCGCCCGUCCGUCCGUCCGCCCGCUCGUCCCCCGCCUUGUUCUGACCGGCGGUCGUCCACCGGUAUAUAUCUCCCUCCCUCCUCCCUUACCCCCACCGCGGCCACCAACCUCCCCCAGAAUCCAACUCCUCCUCCCUCCCCGUUGGAGAGAUCCGGAUUGGGGUUGGGCCGCCUGCUAAUAAUUCCCCUCGUAUCCAUUUCGCCUCCUAACCCGACCGCCGGGAGCCGCAGCGGCGGCACGGAGGGCUCCGAGGGGGAGGCGUUCUUUCCCCGGGGCGAUGGCGAUUGGGGUGUCGGACGAGCUGCUGGGCACGUUCGUGCCGAUAGUGGUGUACUGGCUCUACUCGGGGCUCUACAUCGCGCUGGACGGGCUGGAGCGGCUGGACGGGUACCGGCUGCACUCCAGGGAGGAGGCCGCCGCCAAGAACGUCGUCUCCAGGGGCACCGUCGUCAGGGGCGUCCUCGUCCAGCAGGCCUUCCAGGUCGCCGUCUCGCUCACCCUCUUCGCGGUUAUUGGUGAUGAGAGUGGUACUGGACAGAAGCAACCUCCUGCUCUUGUGAUAGUCUUGCAGUUUAUAGCUGCAAUGAUUAUUAUGGACACGUGGCAGUACUUCAUGCACAGAUACAUGCACAUCAACAAGUUUCUGUAUAAGCACAUCCAUUCCAAGCACCACACUCUUGUAGUCCCUUAUUCCUUUGGAGCUCUUUACAACCAUCCUCUUGAGGGCCUUAUUUUGGACACCAUUGGUGGUGCUCUCUCAUUCCUCCUCUCUUGUAUGACUCCACGGACAUCCAUAUUCUUUUUCUCCUUCGCAACCAUCAAAACAGUGGAUGAUCAUUGUGGACUGUGGCUUCCCGGUAACAUCCUCCAUGUGCUGUUCAACAACAAUAGUGCUUAUCAUGACAUUCAUCAUCAGCUCUAUGGCAACAAGUACAACUUUUCACAACCCUUCUUUGUUAUUUGGGACAAGAUACUCGGAACUUACAUGCCCUACUCUAUCGAGCACCGAAAGGUUGGAGGGAUUGAAUCACGGCCAGUUAAGCUCAAGUUAGCAGAGGAGGCCAAGACUGAUUGAUUAAUACAUGCAUAGUUUGUGAUUCUUGUUUUGACCGGUCCAAUACUCAAGCCUUGUGGUGCCACUGACUACGCAAAUGAUGUAAAACUCUCACCCCGGUUCAUAACUUCAUAUAGUGAGGUUUUUCUUGCUUUCUACUUUCUUUCUUUUUUUGUUUGUUUUUGGGGAGUUCCAUCCUGUAACAAGAUAUAGUGAGUAAAGUACUGUAAUGUUUGAAAGAAUACUCAAUACCACUUGGAUUUGUGUCCUUUGGAUU